CUCGCAUUCGCCGGCCGUACCUCGCCGCGAGUGUGUGCAUCGUCUGCGCUCAGCGUUUUCACAACAUUCCUCGCGUGCAGUGAAACUUCAUAAAAAAUAUUUUGUUGCAAAAACAAAUGGGCGUCGAUAGUGAAACGUAAACUUGUGAUGAUGCACAGUGUUCUGUGAAAUUUGCGUCGUUUGACAGUUUGUUUUAGUGGAGUUUACAUUGUUUCCGAGUUCCGCCCGCUCGGAGGAGGACAGUAAGAGAGUGACAGUUUGCUGUGUUUUGUGCGAGUUUUCUUGGGGAAGUUCACUGUGUUUAUAGUCGGAGGCCGUCGUGAACACCGGCCCCGACAUGGAGGCUUACUUCGACAUCUCGAACGACCUGAAGGACGUCUGGGAGGCGGACAUUGACCCGGAGAUGCAAGAUGUAUUGGAAGAAGAUUCCGAAAUGACAGACUGGCUGAUUGAAAGGGAUUCCAAGUCCGGAGUGGUGCUGCAUGACAGGUUGAUGACAGACGCGGCCUUGGGAGCCGCCCCUAUCAAGACAGAGCACUCGUACAGUCUACAUUCAGAUGUUGAAUCCGCACCCUCCUCGCCACACCAUACCAAAGUUGACGACAUGGAAGACGAAUGCUACCCAGCAAUGCCAGCUAGCGCAUGGAGCAGCCGACGAAGGUCCAGUGACUCCCCCCCACGGGAGGUGAAAGCUGAACCGAAGUCUGAACCAGAGUCCCCAGCGUCAUCCUGCCCCCCCUCACCUACCCCUGGAACACCAGUCACACAUCUCGACUAUGUUAUUGACCACACGUCUCUCUCCUUGCAGACCGGCACAAUCCACAUGCCACAAGCAGUUCUACAGAAGGUCGGCGCAGCGGGAAUGCCUCAACUGCUGCUCAGCGCUGCGCCGCGUCUAGCCACCUCGCUCAACUCCAACAAACUAUCCAUCAAGGUCACUUCCAGCUCAGGGGCUUCAGGUUUCAACCUCCCUCCGACACCUCCAUCAUCUCUGUCAUCAUCAGACAGUGAGGGGGCCUUGUCUCCAGCUCACGAGGCGUCCCAGGCACCACUAGCACCACCUGCAGCCCCCGCGCGUCGCUCGCACCUGUACGUGUCUCACCACACUCGGCAGCCCAUCAAUACACCAUUGAUUAGCAGUCAACCGAAAGGGUCAACUGGGACACUGGUGUUAACAGAAGAAGAGAAACGCACGUUACUUGCUGAAGGCUACCCAGUCCCGACCCGCCUGCCCCUUACCAAGGCAGAAGAAAAGUCUCUCAAGAAAAUCAGGAGGAAAAUAAAAAAUAAGAUAUCCGCACAAGAAAGCAGACGCAAAAAGAAGGAAUACAUGGACCAGCUGGAGAGGAAGGUGGAGAUCCUGAUAUCCGAGAACACGGAUUACAGGAAGAGGGUGGAGACGUUGGAGCAGAAGAACGCGAGCUUGCUGAGCCAGGUCGCCUCGCUGCAGGCCAUGGUCGCGCGCGGCGCUCGCAAGUGACGCGUCCCGCGGUAACUCGUCGACUGUCCAAGUAUAACGCUGUCCCAUAACGGAAUCAAUGUAUAUUUUAGAUGUAUUUACAUGAAUGAGUGUCCGGGGAAAGAACUGUCAGCGUUUGAAUGGUUGCUCACUGUAAUUGUUAGUAAAUAGGUAUUCUGUGGUGCUGGAUCCGAUAUACCCGCUGCGUCGGUAUACAAACUGUCAAGUGCCACACUAGAUAUUUAUUUUAUACAACUCUGAUACAGUUUUCGUUCGAGACGCGAGGGAUGACUUGAUAACAGGGAAUUAUAGUACUGGGGUUUAGAUAUGUAUCGAUAGUUAUUUACGCGUGUUGUUUGAAAUCUCGUAAUAUAUUAUCAUAGCGCUCUAACGGCGAUAAUUAGUUUGUAAGUUUUAUUUUAUGCGUGUUUUAAUUAAAAUGUGCAAUUAGGUUAAGGAUUUUAUUGUUACCCAAAGCAUACAUUGUACUUGUGUGGCCUGAUCAUGUUGAUGGUAUUGACACUAGAUUAUCAAUAGGGACUACUAAAGUUAAUAUAGUUCGGGACAUAGCGUAUUGCCGGAUACCUAUGGAACUGACUCGCGUGUCGGUGCGUUGUGUUAUCGGAAUCUUAGUAGCAUAAUAAUGUAAGGCGGACAAUGUACCAGCGUGCGUCUUACCGAUUAAUAUUGAAUUCCAUGAAUUUGCAUUUAUAGCGAAAUGUGUAUUGUCCUAGAGAUUUUACCUUGUAUUUAAGAUAAAGUUAGUUAUGUAUCUAAUAGUGGACCUAUUUAAAACCGAUUUGUGUGACAAGUGUUUUCGGUUAUGUCUAGUCUCUUGUAGAACCGUCAGGCCUCGUUCUGGAGGCCUUCAUAGAAACAUUAGCUGUAUUCUCAGUUCUGCGCUCUAUAUCGACAAGUACAAAAUAAUGGCAUGCCUUCAACGAGAAUAACGUAACUAACUCUAAUGAGCUAACUCAUUUAUUUACAUCCAGUAUUUUUACUAUAGAAGGGUUGCCAGCUUACAGGAAAGUUUGCCAGCCUAAAAAAUGUAGAUAGAUAUAAAAUAUCAGUAAUCUAUGGGUUGGUUAACUAUCUUGUUUUGUAGCAAGGCACCUAGAGGAUUAAUGAAUAAUUAAUACAUAUGAAACAAGUUCUAGCAGAAUCUCCAGAUGAAUAGUCGGUGCACUAGUAUGUUCGUGGUCUUGCCAGCUCUGCCGUAGCUACCGUUCAGCGUGAUAGUUCCAUAUAACAAGCUGCUAGUGAUCUUUCUAACAUUCCAUUUCUUAGUAAUAUGAGUGACUUAAAGUGAGCUCGAGUACUUAUUAUAACUAAUUGUAGACUUUAGCGCCGAACACACUUCAAACCUUUGUUUUGCGGAGACGGUCCGAUUCACAGCACAGAAGCAGAAUUAUAUUCCACUCAUUCGCAAUCUGCUAUCAAAAAU